AAAUAAACAGUGAACGAGUCAAAUUAUACAAGAUAAAUAUCACGUCUGAAAGGGGAUGGCGAGAAAUUAACAAAGCGACAUUUCCCAUUUAUUAUCGAUUCUAACUUGAGCUUGGUAAUAAUGCUAAUACGAGGAAUACUUUGCUGUGUACCGUAAAUUUAUAAUGAAAAAGCUUUGAGUUCUACACAAGCACGUGGCAUGACGAUUUUUGUUACAACUUGACCGAAUAGUGAUCUUUGACAUUUUGCAGGAAAAGCUUUCAAUUUAUGGGUUGCAGACGACAGACUGGUAUUUCAAUAUAACAAGAGAAAAAGCUUUCAGCGAUGGCCGCCGAAAGAAUUAGAACCAAGAAAUUAUUGGCCGAAGUUACCAAGGAUUUAACACCUGAACAAAUCAACGAGUUCAAGAAAGCCUUUACCGCCAUUGAUGUGAACAAAGAUGGUAAAAUUUCAAACAAAGAACUCGUUGAGGCUGCAAAACUGUUGGGUAUCACUAUAACAGGGAAAGAGGCCAAAGACCUGAUCAAGAGUGUCGAUCUCAACAAGGACGGUAACAUAGGGUUCGAGGAAUACAUCCUUCUAAUGAAAGACACGUUUCUACAAAUAGAGUUGAACUGUGAACGAUACAAAGCCUCCUUUAUGCUGAUAGAUACAAAUAAGGAUGGCGUAAUUUCAUUUGAGGAACUUGUACGAGCUUUAGCCUUUAAAAAGGAACAAUAUGAUCUGAACAAAGUUCGCGAAUUAUUUAGUUCAGCAGACACAGAUAAUGACGGAAUUAUCAAUUUCAAAGAAUUUGCUACAUCAUCGUUACCGACAGCUGUAUUUGAAGAGAAGUGAUGAACGCAUGCGUAAAGAAAUGAUGUCACGCCAUAACAUUGAAUAACAUAUUGAAUUCAAAUAUAUGUAUAUAUUUUG